GACCAGCAACUUCUGAGAGCCCCGAGGAGCGGUUUCUUCCAUCUUUCUUCAACGAGAUUCGUAGAGGAAGAAAACGACAAGCCAGGACAUUUCGGAACGACAUCGAGUACCCGCCAUCUUAAAUUACCCGAAAUGCUCUACCCGCUGUCGAGCGUGGUAUUUUGGGUAGCUUAAGAUGGCGGGCGAGAGGGCCGUUUAAAAAUGGUGGCGAACCCACUUACCCCACCCCCCUCUCUCCCUCAGCAGCCUCAGAAGCCUUUCCGCUGGUGAGGCGAUCGUGUUCGAGGGGAGCCUUAGGGCAAAGGAGGGAAAGCAGGGAGCCAGCGAGCGGCGUUUGUUCCGUUCAGAGCCCGGGAACACAAGAUUUAUGACCUCAUCCAUCUAAAGCCGCCCCGGGAAAUGGCUCCGAACUCCUGGUUUGGAACUGGCGUUAAAGCUCCGGGUGUUCUCAAACCCAUCCGAGCGUUCUUGAACCUUAGACCAGCCUCGUCGACGGGCAGAUGAUCCUCUCCAACGACUAGGAUGUAGGGAAACGUCCGACGCUCGAAAGCUCGUUGAGUUCGCUCAACGAAGAAGAAGACCCUCGCGGGGCUUCCUUUGCGCGCUACUCAAACUGCGGAGGCAAAAAUAAAAAUGUCUCAUUCAGGAAGACUUCCGAUGCAGCACUGUCAUUGCACCAACUGAGAGUUGUCAGUGGAAAAAUGUUUUCAGCUCUUCAUAUAACUUCCAGCAAAGAGAUUCUUAUGGGUUCCCGGGAACCUCAGGCUGAUGCCCAUCUCAGCUCGUCCACGCCUGCAAUGGGAUGAUACUCUGAAUCCCUUGAGGAUUAGUGUGGGCAGUCUUCCAGUGCUGGCGUCCAUGACCAAAGCAGCUGACCCCCGUUUCCGCCUACGUUGGAAGGCCAUUGUGGCGACCACUCUGGCCCUUGUCCUAGUGUUGCUUCUCCUUUGUUUCCAGCGUUCAUCCCCUGUAAACAGGCCAGUUCCUCUCAAUGCUCAUACCUGGAGGCUUAAUGUUCUAUCCAGUGAGAGGUAUAAUGACACUUACCCACUGUCACCACCCCAGCGGAUACCAGAAGGUGUGCGGUACCGUAUUGGACUCAUUGCUGACCUUGACACAAACUCCAAGGGUCCCAAUGAGCACACCUGGUUCAGCUACUUGAAGAAGGGUUAUCUCACAUUGUCAGCCAGUGGGGACCAUGUCUCUAUUGAGUGGGAUACAAAGGACCAUAUAUUGGAAUCUCACCUAGCGGAAAAAGGACGUGGCAUGGAGCUUUCUGAACUGGUAGUCUUUAAUGGUAAACUCUAUGCUGUGGAUGAUCGAACGGGUGUGGUCUACCAGAUUGAUGACACCAGGGUGGUCCCUUGGGUGAUAUUAUCUGAUGGAGAUGGCACAGUUGACAAAGGAUUUAAGGCAGAAUGGUUGGCAGUGAAGGAUGAGCACCUCUAUGUGGGAGGCCUGGGCAAGGAAUGGACCACAACUACAGGAGAGGUGCUCAAUCAAAAUCCAGAAUGGGUGAAAGUCAUUGGCUACAAAGGUGACGUGGCUCAUGAGAACUGGGUGAUCAAUUACAAUGCACUCCGGACUGCAGCUGGGAUCAAAUCUCCAGGUUACUUGAUCCAUGAAUCUGCCUCUUGGAGUGAGAGACUGCAGCGUUGGUUCUUCCUGCCACGCCGUGCCAGCCAUGGACGCUACAAUGAGCAGGAGGAUGAGCAUCGUGGCACCAACUUGCUUCUUAGCUCCACACCAGACUUCACUGAUAUCUCUGUGAGCCAUAUUGGUGAUAUCAUUCCCACCCACGGCUUCUCCUCCUUCAAGUUUGUCCCUGACACUGAUGAUCAGAUAAUUGUGGCAUUAAAAUCUGAAGAGGAUGCUGGACAUGUGGCAACCUAUAUCACUGCCUUCAUGCUGGAUGGACGGUGCCUGUUACCUGAAACUCGCAUUGGUUCUGUCAAAUAUGAGGGUAUUGAGUUUAUCUAAUUAAAAUAUUUUAUCCAAUUAAAAGAAGUCAUACUUUUAAGGAGGUCAGAUGAACUGUUGAGAGGUGGCAGAAGUUCUGUUCCUGUUUAUUACUCUUAACUCUGCUUCUGCUGCAGAGCAUUAUGGGACAUUGAAGUGCUUCUCUUGGCAUAGUUUUCAUCUCUGUAAAAACUACUUGGCAAUUGUGCUGCCCCCUAGUGGUACAAAGCCUGUACAGCCUUUUUUUCCCCUCUGUUCUAUUGUGUCCUAGGAUUUAGCCCACACUCUCCUUUAUUCAAUCAGGCUAUUAAUUUGGCAGAGCAAACCUAAUGAAUUGCCUUAUUCUUCCCUCCUCCCUCCUGUCCUCUGACUAUUCACAUGUGCCUUUGCUGAGAAGAAAAAGUCUUCAAACCCAGUUAUUCAGCAAAGAUAUAAGUCAAACAUUUGGAAGAUUUUCCCUUUGACUCUGCCUAUCCCUGCAACAGUCAUUUUAAUCUUGUCUGCACAGUUUCCUUUUUGAUAGGAAAUUGCAGGUGGGGCUUUGGCCUCUAAUCAGGAAACUUUAUGAUAACAGCAGAAAAGGAGCUGAUGCCAUAACUUGGAACUUUCUGGAACAAAAUGCUCAUCUUCUGUUUGAGAGGUUCUGUUCUGCCUUUGUCUCUAAAGGCAAAGAGUUUUCUUUUGGUAAUCCGAAUAUUGAGAAAUCAAGCUUCAUAUUGGUAAGAAACCUAAAAGACACAUAUAUAUGUCGUAGUUUUUUGUGAUCCUUCAUUUAAAAAAAAAUAAAUUGUUUUCAGUGUUAGGAAACAAGAUCUUAUGAAAAUAUUGUAGCUGGAAUCAGGUUCUAAAGUUAUUCCAGCUGCAGAAUUUUAAGUAUUCAUCGUUCACCCUUUAUGUGUAAUAAAAUGGGCAAGUGAGCUUCCAUGGCUCUUCUCAUUGCUGGACAUUUUCUGGAAGUUUUAUUUCAAUCCUAGCACUGUGUCUUAUUUUUCAAAUAAAUUAUCAACAGCUUUUAUAUUUUGAAAGUUACCUGAACUUACCUAUGUUUUAUCUAUACUUACCUAUACUUUUUACCUGUUUUUACCUUUUUACCUAUUACCUGAAAUGAAACAAAAAAUGUGUUCACAGUCAUAACGUGUCAGCUUUUAAGCAGAUAAGAUAAAAAUGUAUGUUUAAGAAACACAAAUAUUAAGGAACACUUUUGUAGGAAGAUGAGUCACACCAGGGAUGUCAGACUCGAUUUCAUUGAGGGCCACAUCAUGGUUCUGUUUGACCUUGGGGGGCCAGGGUGGGCUUGGCCAGGGUGGGCAUGGUCAAAGUGACAUCACUCGUGUCGGGGGCACCUGUGAUGGCUGAGCGCUCUGCCAGCAAAAAUGGGCUCAUGAGCUCCGUUUUCAGCUGCAACGGCUUCCUCCAACCCUCUGCCAGAGAAAAUGGAGCUCGGGAGGGCCUUCCUGAGCUCCAUUUUCUCUGGCAAAGGGUUGUAGUAAGCUGUCGCAGACGAAAAUGGAGCUCAGGAGCCUGUUUUUGCUGGUAGAGGUACCACUGGCCAGUCGUUUGCUGUUUCCAGGGUGGCCCCACAGGCCAGAUCUAAGCACCCCGUGGGGUGAAUCCGGCCCCCAGGCCUUGAGUUUGACAACCCUGUGCUGCACAAACUCCAAAGAAAUGUAAUGAUUUUUUGGAUAUACCAAAAUGUAUACAAUUGAAGGCUGUGCCAUAAAUUGUGUGAAUAUAAAGGAAUGUGCUUUCUACCAAACCAUUGUGCUCAUUGUGCUCAAUAUUCCCUAUUCUAACUGGUAAUUUUCUUUAGAGACUGAUGGUAAGCUAAUUUGCAUGCAAAAUAUGCGCUAUUACCGUUGAACUGCAAUUUCUCUUUCACAGCGCAUCACAUAAAAUCGGAUGCAUUUCUAGUGGGGGAUUGACGUACAUGUUCCCUAAACAUUUCCACCCAGUACUUUUGGUUUGUAUCUUAAGAGCAUGAACCAUAAAGUGAUGCAUACGUAAGAAGGGCGGAAUAGAAAAAAUGAUACAUUUUGAAUAUUGUGUGAAAUUCAGAAAGGCUGAUCACUAGAUGGCGCUACUAUACUUAUUUGUGACAUAGCCAUGACAUAAAGACCUCUGUCAGCUUCCCUUGAAAGGAUCAGAACACUCUCUGGGGCGUGGCUAGCAUUUACAUCAAAUGUGUCAAGUCCAGUCAGUAUUUGUGUGUGUUGGCAUUUGCUGUUAGAUAUAUUUAAGAUUUAGAUCGUAAAUGUAAGAGUCCAAAACAUACAAAAAUAAUAAAUUAGUUUGGACACGCAAA